UUUUAAACUUUCGUUUUCUCAUACUACUACAAGCAGGUGGUACAGGAAACGCCUUCAAUUUGCGUAGAAAUUUCAAAAUACGGCUAAAACAUUAAAAUAACUGUGAUGUCAUAUUGUGAUUGAAUUACACCCAUAUUUAUUAUAAAUAAUUAUUAAUAAGUAGUGAACAUCAUAAUUUAACUAAUUUUAAUAAAAUAAAAAUACACCUACACCAUGGCAGAUCCUGGAUACGCCGGAGGACGACACACAACACAAACUACAAUCCAGACGACUAGCGUUCAAACAAAUAUUCGAUAUGAUCAAACAUAUAUUAGAACAAUUCCGGGUGCAUUGAAAAUUGCACAAAUUGUACUGAAUUUACUAGGAUUCAUUUGUAUACAAUGUUCAAAAUUUAGCAAUUAUGCAACUGGUAGUUUUUUUAAUACAGUUGCGAUGACUGCAUUUUGGAUAACUGGAAUCUUACUUGCAUUUUACUUAUUUCAUGUUAUUGAAAAAUUCUUCAAAAUACCAUGGCUGAAAUUGGAAUUUUUCUAUUGUACAAUUUGGACUCUUUUAUACUUAAUUGCAGCUAUUUUUGCAGCAUCUUUUGGAAGUGAUGCAUAUGUUGCUGCAGCAUUUUUCGGUUUUUGUGCAAUGGUAGUAUAUGGAUACGACGCAUGGUUAAAGUGGCAAGGUGUUCAAGCUGGUGAAUUAGCGCAAGGUGAACGUGUUAUUAGUAAACAAACGACGACAGCAGUAAAUUCUCCAGCUUAUUAAAGCAUUUAAAUCUUUGAAAGUUUGUACCAAAUAUUAGCCCAGUUGCCUGGUAAGUUUUGUUGAUUUUUUUUGCGAAUGGCUGAAAGUACUUUUCUAAGGGGUUAUUUUGUACGCUGAUCAUGAAUUUUUAGGUCAUUUUGCUCCCCAAGGUGGGAAAAAAAAGAUAAGGCUAUUUUUAAGAGCGAAAUUUGAAUUAAAUAUGGAAAUUUCGGUUUUCGUAAGUCUAAUAUUUAUCGUCUCUUUGGAAGCUAGCAUUUUUUAGGGGAUUUCCAUUUGUCCAUUAAGGAUAAUAAAAAAAAAGAAACAAAAAAUAAUAUUAUGGAAAUUACAGUACACAGAAAUAAUAUGAUUAACAAUCAAAAUUUUAAAAAAUUGGUGUAUACUUUGUUUGGAACACUUUUUAAAUAUAUGUUUUCACUACACAACAACAAAACACAAAAUGUACAAAUCUACCGCUCUGAUUUUAGAUGAGAGAAAAUAAAUCAACCGGCGGAUUAAAUGAGAUAAAAUAAUCGAGCCGUUAGCUACUCUAACAACAUGUAAAAUUUGGCCAAUAUAAAAAAAUUCUAACCUCAAAACUUACCACUUUUGCGAGGCCCGAAUUUUUCAUAGUUAGCUCAGAAGUCGAGGUAUUGACCAAAACUACAAUGGAUGAUUCAAGAAAACUGAAUUUUCGCUCUUAAAAAUGGCCAUAUACUUUUCCUCACCUCAAGCAAGGGGAACAAAAUGACCCAAAAAACCCCGUAGAAAAGUACUUAAAAGUAAGCCAUACGCAAUUUUUUCGAAACGCCUUCGAUUUUGACUACUAUGCGACUGGCUUAUAUGUACAAAAUAGUUGUUCUUUAUUUUUAUUAUUUAAAAAAAAAAAAAAAAUUAGCUUUAAUUUUUUUA